CGGUGCUCUUUUCAACUCCAGGGCACCGGGGAUGAAGUCACCUUUCUUCUUUUGAAACUGACAGACCCGUCCUGCGAGUCCCUGUCACUUCUGCGAGGACUAGCUUUUUCCUGCUGCCGGCCACCGGGACCUUCUCUCAGGAGGCGUCAUUUGAUGUGAGAGCUGCACAUAUAAGAGACUUGCCGGAAGCAUGGACCUCAGUGAAACAUGGCCUUUAGAGGAAGGAGCCUGGCUGUCUCAUGCAGGAAUUCAUCAUUUUGCCAACACCAGAGGAGACAAUGAUUUUGUGGAAGCCUCUCCCGCCGCGCCUUACAACCCGGAGGAGUUGGGCCCCCCUCCUGCGUGUUACAGUCCCAGUAGCCCCGCCCAGAUUCUAGAAGACCCCAGCUACUUCUUCCCAGACUUCCCGCUCUACUCCGGGCGGCAUGAAGCGCCUGCUCUGACGGUGGAGGCUGGCGGAACCAUCCGGGAGAAAGUUGUCGAGGAUCCUCUCUGUAACUUCCACGCCCCGAGCUUCCUGAGGAUCUCAGAGGUGGAAAUGAGAGGUUCCGAGGAUGCGGCCGCUGGAACAGUAUUGCAGCGGCUGAUCCAGGAGCAGCUGCGCUAUGGCACCCCGACCGAGAACAUGAACCUGCUGGCCAUCCAGCACCAGGCCACCGGGAGCGCAGGACCAGCCCACCCGACAACCGGCUUUUCUUCCUCGGAGAACCUCGCCCAAGAAGACCCACAAAUGGUCUACCAGUCGGCGCGCCAGGAGCCGCAGGGUCAAGAGCACCAGGUGGACAAUACGGUGAUGGAGAAGCAGGUCCGGUCCAUGCAGCCUCAGCAGAACAGCGAGGAGCUGCCCACCUACGAGGAGGCCAAGGCGCAGUCCCAGUUCUUCCGGGGGCAGCCGCCCCCGCAGCAGCCGCCGCCGCCACCGCAGGGGCCCGUGGGCCACGGCUACUACAUGGCGGGGGGCGCCAGCCAGAAGGCCCGGACUGAGGGGAGGCCCACGGUGAGCCGGGCCAACAGCGGGCAGGCGCAUAAGGACGAGGCGCUGAAGGAACUGAAGCAGGGCCACGUCCGCUCGCUCAGCGAGAGGAUCAUGCAGCUGUCGCUGGAGAAGAACGGCGUGAAGCAGCACCUCCCUGGCUCGGGGAGUGGCAAGGGGUUCAAGGCGGGCGGGGGGCCCUCCCCAGCCCAGCCCGCAGGUAAAGUGCUAGACCCCCGGGGCCCUCCCCCCGAGUACCCCUUCAAGCCCAAGCAGAUGAUGUCCCCGGUCAGCAAGACCCAGGAGCAUGGGCUUUUCUACAGCGACCAGCACCCUGGCAUGGUCCACGAGAUGGUCAAGCCUUACCCCGCUCCGCAGCCCGCCAGAACGGAAGUGGCCGUCCUGAGGUACCAGCCGCCCCCGGAGUACGGGGUAACCAGCCGCCCAUGCCAGCUUCCUUUCCCAUCAACAGUGCAGCAGCACAGCCCCAUGUCCUCCCAGAACUCCUCGGUCAGCGGGCCUCUGCACUCCACGUCCUUGCCGCUGCCGCUCCCGGUGACCCUGGCCGCCCCGCAGCCCCCGCCUGCUGCCUCCCCCAGCCAGCAGCUCGGCCCCGACGCCUUCGCGAUUGUGGAGCGAGCCCAGCAGAUGGUGGAGAUACUGACAGAGGAGAACAGGGCGCUUCACCAGGAACUUCAGGGUUACUAUGACAACGCUGACAAGCUCCACAAGUUUGAAAAAGAGCUUCAGAGGAUUUCUGAAGCCUAUGAGAGUCUGGUCAAGUCCACCACCAAGCGAGAGUCACUGGACAAAGCGAUGAGAAACAAACUGGAGGGCGAGAUUCGAAGACUUCACGACUUCAACAGGGACCUCCGAGAUCGACUGGAGACUGCCAACAGACAGCUGUCCAGUAGGGAGUAUGACAGCCAUGAAGACAGAGCCGUGGAGGGCCUGUAUGCUUCCCAGAACAAAGAAUUCUUGAAGGAAAAGGAGAAGUUAGAAAUGGAGUUAGCAGCAGUGAGGACUGCAAGCGAGGACCACCGGAGACACAUUGAAAUCCUGGACCAGGCUCUGAGCAAUGCCCAGGCCAGGGUCAUCAAGCUGGAAGAGGAGUUACGAGAGAAGCAAGCCUACGUGGAGAAGGUGGAGAAGCUGCAGCAGGCGCUGACCCAGCUGCAGUCUGCAUGUGAGAAGCGGGAGCAGAUGGAGCGCAGACUUCGGACCUGGCUGGAGCGAGAACUGGAUGCCCUGAGGACCCAGCAGAAACAUGGGAACGGCCCGCCAGCCAGCACGCUGGAAUACAAUGCCCCGGCCCUCAUGGAGCUCGUGAGGGAGAAGGAGGAGCGGAUCCUGGCCCUGGAGGCCGACAUGACCAAGUGGGAGCAGAAGUAUCUGGAGGAGAGCACCAUCCGGCACUUUGCCAUGAACGCCGCAGCCACUGCCGCAGCCGAGAGGGACACGACGAUCAUCAACCACUCGCGGAACGGCAGCUACGGCGAGGCCUCGCUGGAGGCCCACAUCUGGCAGGAGGAGGAGGAGGUGGUGCAGGCCGCCCGGAGGUGCCAGGACAUGGAGUACACCAUUAAAAACCUCCACGCCAAGAUCAUCGAGAGGGACGCCAUGAUCAAGGUCCUGCAGCAGCGAUCCCGCAAAGACGCCGGGAAGGCGGACUCCUCGAGCCUGCGGCCCGCCCGCUCCGUCCCCUCCAUUGCCGCGGCCACGGGGACGCACUCCCGCCAGACCUCGCUCACCAGCAGCCAGUUGGCGGAGGAGAAGAAGGAAGAGAGGACCUGGAAGGGGAGCAUAGGGCUGCUGCUGGGGAAGGAGCACCACGAGCCCUCGUCCACCCCCGCACUGGCUGCCCUGCCCGCCACAUCGGCCAGCAGCGCCCACGCCAAGACAGGCAGCAAAGACAGCAGCACCCAGACGGACAAGAGCACCGAACUCUUCUGGCCCAACAUGGCCUCCCUGCCCACCCGCGGCCGGCUGAGCGUGACCCCUUCCAACAGCCCCGUCCUGAAGCACCCAGCGGCCAAAGGGGCCGCGGAGAAGCUGGAGAGCUCUCCUGGCCCCGGGAAGUCGCUGGACCACAAAGGCCGCGCCAGCAGCCUGCUGCACAAGCCCGAGUUCCCGGACCCGGAGAUGAUGGAGGUCCUCAUCUAGGCCGCGCCCCCGGGGGACGCCGUGCGGGACGGCGACAGGCGGGAAGGAGCGCGCCACCGGGAGCCGCACGAGCAAGAAGAGCGAUCGGGAAGGUGGUAGAUGGAAACCAGGUGUGAUUUGAACUGAUAAAGACUCCAGACUCAUAAGAACACUUUUUAUAAAUGUUUAAAAAAAAAAACAAAAACAAAAAAACCAACCAGGAGACCUACACGAAGGAAGACGGAGUGAACGCUGUGGAUUCUUAUCGCAUAGGGUGGCAGAGAGACGACGCAUGUAGGUUUGGGAACGAAGAAGAAAUAGGAAAUGGACUUUUCCAGUGUACAGAGAAUGUAUCUCCUGGGGGAGGGUCUGUGUACAGUACCCAUUUUCUGGUUAUAAACAGAUAAACCUGAACCGGAAUCGUCCUUGGAAUACCCCCCUUCUCCUUGGCGGUGAGCAUCUGUUUAAGAACAUCCUAGAAAUCCCCGGGAGCCCGUCUGGGUGUGAUGUAACACCGCCUGUGCCCCCCGGGGGUGGUCUGUGAGUGUGUGCGGCCGUGGCGAUGAGAUGAAAAUGUUGAGGGGCGACCUUCCGGUCCUCGUCGGAUGACCUGUUGGGUUUGGGUUUUGCAGGCGAUUGUGGGGCUUCCUCGCGUGAGUGGACCCGAGGCAGUGUGUUCUGAACAGACGGGGAGCGUUUUGAUCUUGGUGCUCAUCCUCCCGACUUCAUGGUUGUCUUUGCUUAGUUUUCUUUCAUUUUAUUCUUCUUUUUUCCUUCGUUUUUAAGUGAAGCGCGGCAGAGUAGGUCUGAGAUUCACAGAGCAGUGUCUGAACUGUCAACGCUCCUGCUGUGUGUCACAGAGGCCAGCGGGACAGAGCUCCGGGCUGGCCUCCUGGCUGCGGCCUUCCCCGCAGCCGCUCAUGCACGGCCUGUGUGAGGAGCGCGGCCCUGGCUUCUUUCUCCCUCACGUCAGCUCCUGCACAGAGCGUGGCGUCUCCUCCCCAGGGCUCUGUGGGGUAAGAAACAGGAGUGGCCCAGAGCACCUAGCAUUGCCCAUAAACCUAGCCUAGGCAUAGAUGGAAAUGUUUCUGUCCCGUUAUAAGCUUAGCUGUACAUCCAUCCAAGAAGCACGUGUUGUGCAGGGUCCGGACGUGGUGGGCAGUUCCCGGCGGUGUCUGAUGGUGGAGCUCGCAGGCCCUGUCGCCUGAAGGACAAGGCUUUGGCUCUGGGUGGAGGCGUGCAGAGCAGUUCUCUUCCUUUUUCAGCAUGAGUGGCAGCUUCUGUGUGCCGCCUGGCUGGGGUGCUGCGCGGACUAGGGGGUGCGGCCGGAUUCCUGCAGCUAACUUCUCCGUCUUGGCUAGUGACGGUGUUGCGUUCAGCGGUUCCAAGCAGGCAUGGGGCUCUGGCUGGAGACCCCGGGCGGCAGGGCCUCCCCUCUGCAGUCCUGCGGACUCGCUCUCUGGGCUCCUGGGUGCACCUGACGGCACAGGGCGUGGGCCGGGUAUCCAGACGGUGGUGGCUCCCCAUGAGCUGUGGACGGGAGCAGCUCGGGGGUUCUGCUGCUCGGGGGAGAGGCUGUCAGGACGCCCCUGCAGAGAAGCCCACCUUCCAGAGACCGGUUGGUUCUCCCUGUGCUUUGCCCUCAGCCACCUGGGUCCUCGCCAGGCAGUGGCCUUUACACAGCGAGCGCUGCUGGGCGGACAAGCUCUCCCGGGCAGCAGCCUUCUGAGCCUGGUGUGAGCACAGCCGUCAGGGGAGGCCGGGUCCCCAGGAGGGUGAGGAAGGCAUUGGGGUUUAAAAGGUGUCCAGGCAGGAGGCUGGCGCACAUCCUAGGGGGAGCUCCGUGGGCAAAGAGGUGUGUCUCCCAAAACCGGAGUCCUGGAGCUUGCUUCUGUGCCCUCCGAAUGACCUUGUGCUCCAGAGCGAAGGGGCCUGCGGCCCUGGCCAGCGGGAGCGGGAGCCUUCGGGGUUCUGAAAUGGUGAACGCUGUCAGUAGCCAGAGGGCAUUCUUCCCAUCCCAAACCGGAGGCCGUUGUGGUGUAUGCCCAUGGUCAGCAAACUGCGGCUCUCAAGCCACAUGCGGCCCUUUGGCCCCUUGAGUGUGGCUCUUCCACAAAAUACCAUGGCCUGGGCGAGUCUCUUUCGAAGAAGUGGCAUGAGAAGAAGUUUAAGUUUAAAAAACGUGGCUCUCAAAAGAAAUUUCAGUCGUUGUCCUGUUGCUAUUUGGCUCCGUUGACUAAUGAGUUUGCCGACCACUGGUCUGUGCUUUAUACAUGUUGGUCUCCUUUCCUCGUUUCUGGUUAGUUCGUCCAUGAAUUUAAAGCAUCUUCAUUCAGUGUGAGGAGGGAGAUGGGUUUGCCUCCGACAUGUGGCUCCGUGGGAGAUGGGCGGAGGAAUUACAAAGUUGCCAGAAAAAAAAAAAAAAGUUGCCAGAAGCUGAUCCGCUGGGAGCCGGGAAAGGUCAGCAUUUCAGUGCAUGGAUUUCCUCCGGAACCCAUGAGCAGUUUCCUCCCCUUCCUUUCAGCGGCAAACCCUUCUCCAGUGCAGUCAUUCAAUGACAUAUAAAGACACAUGUAUGUGUAGGUGCCCACACGUGAGGUCUGACUGUAAGGUGGUGGGUUGGGUUUCUCUUCUGAAAAUCCAGACGAUCCAAGUGUUGCCUCUCACCUCGCCCUCCUCAGAAGGCGGCCCUUUGGGAGGCUCUGUCCUGGCCGCAGCCGCGCUGCCCACGGAGAACCUGGUGUGAACGAACACCUCUGUGGGUAUGGCUUUGGGACUGGCGUGUUCAUGUCACUAUCCUUGGACGUGAGAGAGCUUCGUCCUUUGGAAGAUGGACUUAGGUUUGGAAAUAAUCCCAAGUCAUUCACUCAGUUGGAUAAAUAAAGAUGUGUGAUUAAGGUAAGUCACACCAUUUUAGCUUUAAA